UCUAAAAAAGUCAGAGCGAUACUUCAAGAUUAAUACGGCGUCGUCUCUAUUCUCGAUCUGGACAUUUUGUUUUCCCUUCUCACUCUCUUUCCUCUCAAAGAAUCCACAAAUGGAGCUUUCAGUUCCUUCUCGCCUCCUAAACAGCUCCGCCGCCGCCGCCGCCGCCGCCGCAAUAAAAUCCAAGUCCAGAAUUCCUUUUAGACCUCUCUUAAUCCCUCUUCUCCCUUAUCAACGGUCACUCUCCCCUUUCACUUUGAAACACAUGAAUAAUAAUUCCCAGUCAAUACUUUCUUGUCCCUCUCUUCCCCAAAACAACGGCUCCCCUUCAUCCGAACCAGGUCGGAUUGGAGAGGUGAAGAGGGUGACGAAAGAGACGAAUGUGUGCGUUAAGAUAAACUUGGAUGGCACUGGGGUUGCUAAUUCUAGUACUAGCAUUCCCUUUCUUGAUCAUAUGUUGGAUCAACUAGCGUCUCAUGGUUUGUUCGAUGUGCACGUCAAGGCUACUGGUGACAUUCAUAUUGAUGAUCAUCACACCAAUGAAGAUGUUGCCCUUGCUCUUGGAACGGCAUUGCUUCAAGCACUUGGGGACAGAAAAGGAAUUAACCGGUUUGGUGAUUUUUCAGCUCCUCUUGAUGAAGCAUUAAUACAUGUUUCACUGGAUUUAUCCGGCCGACCACAUUUAAGUUAUGAUUUGAACAUUCCCACUGCGAGAGUUGGGACGUAUGACACUCAGUUGGUGGAGCAUUUUUUCCAGUCUUUGGUGAAUACUUCUGGCAUGACACUACACAUACGACAGCUUGCAGGAAAAAAUUCACAUCAUAUUAUUGAGGCAACCUUUAAGGCUUUUGCCAGGGCUCUUCGGAUGGCAACAGAGUAUGAUCCACGUCGUCUUGGGGCUAUACCAAGCUCAAAAGGGGUUCUAUCACGAUCUUGAUUGUUCUUGAGCAUCAUGCAGAAGAUAGGUUAAGUCAUAUGAUGGUCACGUGAUGUCGUUGAUCCCAUUGUCUUCGAGCAUACUUUAUUAAAAUAGCACCUUGAUGUUCAUUUUCAUUUGUGCUUGUGAAGAUAUGUUAAGAGCACUAAAACAGAGCACCAUUUUAGUGAAGCACAGCUGGAAAUCAUCAAGUUUGAUAGUGUGUGCUAUUCUGGUGAUGGGCACCUCAGAAGUAGAAGCUGUGAGGUACAAAGAGUUGCCCUUUUGGUUUUUCAUCUGCACUGGGAACAUGAAAACCUGUUCCAAACGGUCUAUUCGUUGACAAUAAACUGUUAUGCAAUGUAAGAUAAAUUUGGGCUCUAGUCAGUUGAUUUUUUUCCCUUUGGACCUCCUUUAGUUCUGUUGAUAUUUUUCAUGUGCUACUCAUGUUAAUGGGAUCCCUUCUUUGAAUGUCAUGAAGAUAAAGAAUGCUUUGUCUAAUUUGCAAUGAACUGGUGUUAUGCUGGCCUGAGUCCUUACUUCAAGUCAGGAUUUUCAA